CAUUUCUCUGACGAUGCCCAGCUAGGACUCGACAUAAUGGUACAUGUCCCUUUCUUUAACGUCGACCUUCCCGAGCCCAAGCUAGGAGCUCUUAUACCGGACACUGUGAGCGCAGUGCUGGGUUGCACUGCAAAGGCGCUCGAGUAUGGGACAGAGUUGCUUCACCCUCCAUCGGCGGCAGAUCUUAAAGCGUAUGAGCGCUCCUUUGAGGCACAAAUACCUCGUGAAUUUAACCGUGUCCGGAAACGGUAUGCGGAGGGCAAGAUAAUCAACGAUGAGCAACUUUCCAGCGAACUGGAGGAUGCCUCGUUCGACUGGUACCGGAGGCAGCUACGCACGUCGGUAAUUGGUGCAACAGAUGAGGAGAUGGAGGAUGUGGCUGCGCGUAAAUUGGGUCUGCGGCAGCCUAGCCUGCAGGUGGCUGUCCAGGAGAAGUGUCUGGCCGAUGCUCUGGCUGAUGCUGGGGGAAUUGACCUGGAGGCCGAGCUGCGCGACGCCGCAGAGUUUCAGGCCAUGCGUGCGCGCGAGGAGGACCUUCGUCGUGAAGUCGCGGAACGCCUGCAACGCCUCACCGAGUUGCGCCGCCAGGUGCGCCCCGCGCAACGGCAAGCACUAAGCAACAUCUCAAACGCCAGCGGGGGUCUUCUGGCCGGCGUGCUCCUUUUCAAGUCUGCGCUCCUACUGACACGACGGAUAUUUAAACGGCGAAAGCCGCAGCAACGACUGCCGCCCCCGCAGCGGCGGCAGGCACCACAGCAGCCAUCGGCGGCAGCGGCAGCGACUCCACCACGGGCACAGGCUGCUGCCGCAGUGCAGCAGGCGUCGGCGGCACCUCAGGGGCAGCGGCAGGCGCAGCAGCAUUCACAGAGCAAGGCACAAGGGACGAGCACGACCGCCACGGCAACGGACGCGGCUGCCGCCGCAGCUGCAGCAGCACGCAAGCCACGCGUCGUCAAGAAGCGAUAAUUCCCGCCCGGUCUUGUGCUUUAGGAAGCUAUCCCUCUGUCUUGGUUCAAUUUUUUUUAUGGCUGGUUGCCAGUGCGGAAGUUCGCAUUUCGGCAUGUACGUUGACCAAGGCAGGAGGUUACCGUUUCGCUAGUUGAUGUACUGGGCAACUGACGUCGUCUCACUUCAGUCGGUUGAUGGCAAAAGGUCGCUGCUUCACACGGUUACCAGAGGGACUCCAACAGGUUUGUGUAUUUUGCAGAGUGCAGGCGGAUGUGCGAGUGUUACAGAGUAGAUGGCUUCUGGGCUUGCCCACAUUUGAAUCCUGGUCUUGCUCGAACACCGGCGAUGUGUAAGCGUGGAGGGACGG